AUGGGUGUGAAGGGACUCAGCAGGGCUUUGUGGGGAUCAUGGGAUGGCAAGAAUGCAACAUGGCUACUUCCUGAACAAACUCUGCUACAGCCCUUGUGGGAUUACCUGCGUCAGAGCCAUGCCAGCACUCUCCGUUCCCCACUUUUCCCUGUACUCUUGUCUGUCUCCACCUACCUGCUCCUUGUCUUUCUCUACACCAUGCUGGACCUAAUGGCUGCAAAGUGCCUUAUGAUUCGGCGUUAUCAGCUACAUCAAGAGCGUACAGUCACCUGGUCAAAUGUGGGUGCCACAUUGGCACUUACUGCCUACAACCACUUGCUCUACAUCUUUCCGGCGGCUGUGGCACAAUGGCUGUGGCGCACACCAGUGCCACUGCCAUGCCAUGCACCCUCAAUCACUUCCUUUAUGUUGGGUAUUGUGGGCUGUAUGGUGCUCUUUGACUUUCAGUACUUUAUCUGGCAUAUGUUGCAUCAUCGUAUUGCAUGGCUGUAUUCAACCUUCCAUGCUGUGCACCACCAAUAUCGACAGCCAUUUAGCUUAGUCACUCAAUAUCUUUCAGCAUGGGAGCUUUUUAGUGUAGGCCUGUGGACCACUGUGGAUCCCUUGCUUCUGCACUGUCAUUGCCUUACAGCCUGGGCCUUCAUGGUCUUUAAUGUGUGGGUGUCUGCUGAGGACCACUGUGGCUAUGAUUUUCCCUGGGCCAUGCAUCGCCUUGUGCCCUUUGGUUUAUGGGGUGGAGCACCACGACAUGACUUGCACCACCUGCAGCCGGGUACCAACUUUGCUCCCUUCUUUACACACUGGGACUGGGUGGCAGGCUCAGCCAGUGUGCCCACCUCAAAGUUAAGCAGCAACAAUGAUGAUGAUCCUGCUAAAGACUGAGA